AAGUUAUCUGGCUGAAAUUGAAGGGGAGAGCCAAACCGAACAGUACUGUGAGGUGAGCCAGUGGGAAAGCCGAGCUGCGGAGUUGGUGGAGAAGAAAGAACGAACGCACGAAACUUCUCUCUCUCCUCCAUUUCCCGGUUCGUUCCUCACUCUCUCUCUAGGGUUUUGCUUUCCCACCAAAUCCUCGAUCAAAUUCCGACGAACCCACCUGCCAAUUCUCCGCAAUUUCGCUUCUUUCCUCUGUCCGCCGAUCAAACGGAGAUCAGCUUCCAUCUGGGCUUCGAUCGAGAGAAGAACCCGAGUUUCUAACUAGUUUCCGAAAUGGCUUCCGACACAUGGGGCUCCCGAUUCUCCACUACUCGCCGCUACCAAUCUCGACCUGAUCCAUUUGAGGAAGGGGAAAUGGAAGAUGAUUCCAAAGCUGAGUUCUUGUGCCCGUUUUGCGCCGAGGAUUUCGAUAUUUUGGGGCUGUGUUGUCAUAUGGACGAGGAGCAUCCCGUCGAGACCAAAAAUGGGGUAUCUAUCUCCAUUACUUCGCAUCAUUAUCCCCUUCUCUCUCGUUUUAGUUUGUCACUGACUGUGAAAAAUGUUUUACAACUUCCUCGUUUUCCUCACGUGCAGCGCAAACGAAGGUUGCGUAAAGGUGGAUCCAACUCGCCAUUCGCGAUAUUGAGGAAAGAACUCCGCGAUGGAAGCUUUCAGUCGCUGCUUGGUGGAUCUUCGUACUUCGUCUCGAGCACAGAGCCUGACCCACUGCUCUCAUCCUUCAUGUUUAGUCCUGCUGGGCUCAAUGAGCCGAAGUCCAUUCCCCCUACUGCUGCUACAGAUGUUGCAACGAGUCCAGCAAUGGUUAAUACGAUCGAGGAAUCUCUAGAAAGGGAGGUCGAGCCAUCAUCAAAAGCGGUAUCAGACAAGGACCAAGAGGAGAGGUCUCGUCGAUGUGAGUUCGUUCGAGGAUUGGUGCUCUCCACCAUCCUAGAUGAGUUAUGACUGAGUUACCUGGGUGUUGUUAAAAUGGAAAGAUGUACUCUGUCAAGUCUUUGUAGUAUAUAUAUAAUGAAUGGCGCAAUGAGAUGGGGAGAGGGGAAAAUGGCCAAAAGUGUCCAUUUCAUGCUUACCUAGUGUACCAAUGACACAGUAAUCAUCAAUCCAGAUAUGUAAUAUAAUAUAUAUCUACAUAUAAAUAUAUUAUGAUUAUAUAAAUCUUAAUAUUUUGCAAUGUGGGGCAGAGCCAAGAUUUGCACCAAUGUGAACCAGGAGAUAUCAAAACAAGCAACAGUUGUGGAUAAAUUAAACAAUC